GCUUCGAGCUGUCAGUCGCAGGCUCGUUGUCUCCACUUUACUCGCAACAUCCAGGCGGGUAGCAAUGUGAGAGUGAGGCAGCCACUUUAUCCCGGACCCCCCGCGUCUCAGUCUCUCUCGUCCCUUCAGAAUGGAUGAGAGGAGAGCUGAACCGGACCACAACACCGGUAACAUCCCGGUAUCGCUUUACGGGGAGUUUACAGUCACCGGUAACCGAAAACUCAGGUGCGCCGUGAGCUUGACCGAAAAGGACCUCAUCGUCCAGAGGCUCACUUCGACACCUGUGGGGCGAAACAAGGUGGUUCUGAGCCUGAAGGACUGCGUCGGCUGCCGGGCUUACCGGGAGGAUGACAACUCAGACACGGCAGCGUACUUGUCAGCCUACUUCUACCCGCUCAAACGGCGCUGGAUGAGUUCCGGGGUCUCGCGGCAGAGAGUGGAGCAGGGCUUUCGUCUCGCGUCGCUUCAGGACGCUCGAGCUAACCUGGAGGAGGCAGAGAAGUGGGCUCGCGCUGUCCGAGAACGCUCUGCCCGGCAACAGUAUCUAAGAGACGGGGUGCUGGUGGGAGAGCUGUCUCGGCCGUGCAGGAUGAUGCUCCUGGUGAACCCACAGAGCGGGAAGGGACAGGCGCUAACUCUCUACAACAACCACAUCCAACGCAUGCUGAACGAGGCGGGAGUCCCACACACGCUGGUCAUCACCGAGCGGCAGAACCACGCCCGGGAGCUGGUGAGGGAGGCUGACCUGUCGCAGUGGGACGCUUUAGUCAUCAUGUCUGGAGAUGGACUUCUGUAUGAGGUGAUAAAUGGGCUGUUGGAGAGACCAGACUGGGAGGAAGCCAUCCGGACCCCGCUGGGUAUCCUUCCUGGAGGAUCAGGGAAUGCCUUGGCAGCAUCAGUACAUCACUACUCUGGAUCCUCUCCGGUGUUCAGCGAGGAGCUCCUGCUCAGCUGUGGGUUCCUGCUUUGUAAAGGCCUCGUGUCCCGCAUGGACCUAGUUUCCAUCCACCUCCCCUCCAGCCCUCGUCUCUUCUCCUUCCUCUCUCUGGCCUGGGGUUUUGUGGCAGAUGUCGACAUCGAAAGCGAAAAGUAUCGUCACGUCGGAGCGGCACGCUUCACGGUGGGCACCCUGGUGAGGCUGGCGUCUCUCCGCGUCUACAAAGGUCAGCUGUCCUACCUGCCCGCCCCUGAGGACUACAACAACCAGGAGGGUUUGAGGAAUAAUCUGACUCUACAUUGCAAUAAUCAGACACUAUCUCUGGGUCUGUGUCACUCGUCCAGAGACUCUGUCUGUCAGAACACCUUCCACAACUCCUGCCACUCCAACAACUCCCUCAAAGUGAGGCGGACGGAGAGCACGCAGUCUAGAAGCCCCUCUAAAGCUCUCAGCGGUCCACCGGACUCCCUGCUGCUGCCUCUGGACCAACCCCUGCCCGCAGACUGGGUUAUAGUGGAGGAUGAAGACUUUGUCCUCAUGCUUGCCAUGUACCAGUCCCACCUGGCCGAGGACCUGCUGGCUGCCCCGGGAGCUGCCCCGGAUGACGGCGUGAUCCACCUUUUCUACGUCCGAGCAGGAAUAUCUCGUGCGGCGCUGCUGAAGCUGUUCCUAGCGAUGGAGAAAGGCGCUCACCUGGCGACAAACUGUCAACAUCUGGUGUACGUAAAGGUGCGGGCCCUGAGGCUGGAACCAUUUUCACCUAAAGGGAUCAUAACAGUGGAUGGAGAAGUGGUGGAGUAUGGGCCAGUGCAGGCGGAGGUACACAGAGGCCUGGCCAGAUUAAUCACUGGAUGAACUGAAGCAGCGUCAUCAGCGGCUUUUAUUUCUGCUGUUGAAGGCCCGAUGAAAACAUUUAGCUUUUUGAAUAAGAAGAGUGCUGGUACGGACGGAAGGUGGUGGAUGUAAGACUCACUCACUGUUAAUGCAACAUCAGCCUCUCAUAGAAACACAAAACACAGCGUUUAUGAGGAAGUUGUUAUAUUAUGAAAAAAGAGAAACAUUUAUGGAGACCCAGAGUGUUCAAUUUUAAAAAUAUGACACAAAACUAAUAAUCACAAUAGAAACUGGAUAGAAAAACAUACAAAAUAUCUAAUAAUUGGGACACAACCAUGUAUUUUUAAUCAAUUAAUAUAAAAUGUUAUUUCAUUUAAUUUUGCUAUCUCACAAAGUGUGUAUAUCAUCACAAACAGCGCAGGGACAGUUGUGUGAUCAGCUGUUAAUUGAUCUAUUGUGAAAAACAACCUGUUAUUUCAAGUCUGUUCUUUAAAUAGAAAUGACUUCACUCUUAAAGAGCCAAUCAUGUAACUUGAUGUGUCAUUUUUAAGUGAAUUCCUAAGAGUUUGGAAAAAAAAAGUUAGAUUAAAAAAUAUUUAGCUUGCUAAAUUAAAAUUAGUAUUUGGGGCUUUCUUGUUCUGGUUUGUGUUGAAAUUGAAUUAAAAAAGAAUAAAAUGUGAUAUAAAUAAUACAAUAAUAAUGAAUUCCCUUCAAUGAAAUGUUAAAUAAUGAGCCCAAGUCUGAAAGUUAACAUUUUUUAACAUUUUAUAAUUGAUCUUCAUUAAUUUUUUUAACACUGAACACUUUGGGUCUUUGCAAUCAUGCAGCCUCUUGUUGUAAUCACACCCUUGUUUAUCUUCUACCGGACAUAAAUCAUCCGCACCUAUCGCCUC